AAAGUGGAAAUCGGUAGCGAUCUCUGGGAAUUUUACGUUUUUGUCCUGUUUAAAAGUUAUCGUUGGUUGGGUCUGGCGCCACUGUUUCGUCACGCAUGGAUGCAGUUGUUGUCCUGCUAAGUAGCGUGACUCCAAUGACUCACCGCACGUUCCAGCCGAAAGCAUGCGAUCUCAUUCUGUUUUAUCUCGCUUCGGUGCGACGCGUCACGUACUUACACAAUCCGUUUAAAGCGCCGGCGCGCCGCGUCGCGCUUCCAACACACGCCCGCGACGAAACUAUUAGUCGCGGAAAAUUGCAUUCUUUAUAUAAUUAAAAUCAUUCCUCUAGCCGGGAGAGUCGCGUAGGCGUAGUUUACGUCGAUUUUCUCUUAGCGACGCUUGACGUCGUCACUUACCGCUCUCUGUUGGCAAGGGGUGCAGACUACUUUUGGUACUGUACGUGCCUGACAUGCCACGCAUUACUUUCCAUCCCUUGGUCUCUUUUCACCACAUUGCAUUCAUUUGGCUUGCUUGCCUCCUCCGACUUUUUUUUUUUUUCUCCUCCUCUCCUCCCCUCUUCCGAAUCUUUUAUCGACUGCAUACUUGUUAGCUCCCCCCUCCUUUUCUUAGGCUGCCCCCUCCAUCCUCUGCUGAUUUUUCUUAUGAGAGAGAGCUGGCAUCGGUAUGCACUAUAAAGGUCUCGUUUGUCCUCUCCGUCGAGGAAUAAAUCAAAUUAAGCUAUCCGGCAAUAAUUUCCGAUGUCUGUUCUUUUUUCCUCUCCCCUCGGAAUUAUUUUUGGGAGCUUAACAAGGAGGACCGAGACGGACCGCCGCACGUCAACCGUCUCCUCUGCCGUCGAGAACGGAGAGUCCAAAGUGGACGGUCCGUUUGCUGUUGUCUUUCUUAAUACGGAUCUCUAUUUUUAAUCCAUUCUUUGUCUAUUGACGACGAAGAUGAUGAUAAUAAUAAUUUCUUUUUCCUUUAGAGAUGCCCGGAAUAUUUUUGUGGAAUUUUUCUUCCGAAAAUACAAAUUCCCGAGACUCGGUCAUGCAAUUAAUGCUGUGGAAAAAUCUGCCCGGUUGUCCGAGGAUAAAAAUACGGCGGUCUCGAGACGUGGAUGCCUUUUCGGUUUCAAUUAUAAAAUUUCUGAAAUGCUUCUCCUUUAAAAAUUAACCAUAAUUUAAUUUUUAACGUUUUAAAACCGGUGCUUCGCUUAACUGAAAAAAUUCUUUCGAGUCGACCGUUUCCUUUUAGGCCUUCGCAUCGCUAGAUUGCGAUGUCUUCUAGACCGGACUAAAUAUCAGAUGGACGACUGCCGAGAUUCUCCUUCGAAAGAACUUCCGACUAAAGAAUUGAAGUACCGAAGACUGAAAGACAGAAGGGAACUCUCGACGAACAUGUUGCCGUUAAGAGUUUGGAAUAGGAAGUGUUCUUCUCCGCAACAAAUUCUCUCACCAGAUGGAGAAGUGAGAAACGGACAGUGCUACAAUACGUCACCGGUCAUGAUGUCUCCUUGCAAAAAUAGUGAAAACAGCCCGACUCUAGUGAUGUCUCCCCUACACUGUGAAACGUGUAUGUUGCACAAACCGGACGGUUCCGCGUUGCCUCCCUGCGGCCACUGUCGUCUACCUCCUCACCUGACGGAGAGACUGGACCGGGACGUCACCUGCAUCAACCUUGCCGCCUGUGAUUCCGACGACGACGACAGUAACGAACCUUUGGACAUGAGCAAAAAGUGUGCACGGCAAGACGACGAACCCAUUUCCGGGAACAGUCAUCCCAUUCAGCAGCAGAGGCCGUCGGUCAUCACGUGUGCUUCGGCAUUGUUGAGAUCUCAGUGUCACACAAAAUCUAAUUGUCAGAGUGCUCACUGUAACGGCAAUUCCGAGGGGAAGACAAACGAGAAGAACGAAUCGGACGGAGGCGAGGACAUCCGGCCCGGUCACAGGAGAGAAGUGUUAUCUGGAAUGUGUGAUCCCGUUAUCGACGAACAUUUCAGGCGUUCUCUGGGGAAAGAUUAUCCGGAAUUUCUUUUCUCCACUCAUUCUACAAGCGUAUCGAUAACAGUGGACGAUCACUUCGCUAAAGCCCUGGGAGAUACGUGGUUGAGACUCCAGCAGACGAAGACGUCUUCGGUCGAGAACGGAACGGAUUCCAAAAAUAAGAAAGCGUCUCGCUCUCCGCCGUCUUCUCCCGUAAGGUCUCAUUCGCAGGGCGUAGUUUCGCUGUGAUAUCAAGACUCCAUCGUUGCAAUUUUCAUGUUGCAAACAGAAGAGAAAGUAACAUUUAAAAAUGUAUGUCUUCUGUCUGUCAUCGUGCAAAACGAGAAUAUCAAUAAAUGUGUAGAUUAAGCUCCCUUCUCUGUCGUCCCCGACUCCGACAGUUUUAGAAGCAGACGCGAUCCAAACGUCGACCCCCUCGCAUAUUCGAUCCGUAACGUACUGCAUUUUUUUUUAUUUUGUUUGUUUUUCUGCCGUCUGCAAACGAGGAGAGAGAGAGAGAGAGAGAGAAAAAAAAAAGAGUACAAACUUUAUUUUGCUCACGCUUAAUAAUAACAUCAAAUCAAUGUUAUUCUCUUACGUGUAAAUUUUAUAGCCAAAUAACAGCACAGGGUGUAAUAAUUGUUUGUUGGUUCUAUUAUCGUUUUAUGUAAUUGUAGGAUAUACAUAUUACUAUAGUAGUGCAGUAGUAUCGACGGACGUCUUGUGCAAACUAUUAUGGAUGUAAAAGUUUCAAAAUGUAAAAAAAAAAAAAAAA